GCUCAAUCCCCGAGGAAUGUCAGCCCAAUAUUCACGCAGUCUUCAAUUCAUGCCGCUGUCCAACAUUACUCAGUUUAGCCCCAUGUUCUAUCUCACCAGCUUUCCUGGAUUGGAAGCCAUCAAACACUGGAUUUUCAUCCCCUUUUUCUUUAUGUACAUGGUGGCCAUCUCAGGCAAUUGUUUCAUUCUGAUCAUUAUUAAGACCAGCCCUCGUCUGCACACACCCAUGUACUAUCUACUGUCCUUGCUGGCCCUCACUGACCUGGGGCUGUGUGUGUCCACCUUGCCCACCACUAUGGGGAUCUUCUGGUUUAACUCCCAUCAUAUCUACUUUGGAGCAUGUCAAAUCCAGAUGUUCUGCAUCCACUCAUUUUCCUUCAUGGAGUCUUCGGUGCUCCUCAUCAUGUCCUUUGACCGCUUUGUGGCCAUCUGCCACCCUCUGAGGUAUUCGGUCAUUAUCACUGGCCAGCAAGUGGUCAGGGCAGGCCUGAUUGUCAUUUUCCGGGGACCUGUGGCCACUAUCCCUAUUGUCCUCCUCCUGAAGGCUUUUCCCUACUGUGGAUCUGUGGUCCUCUCCCACUCGUUUUGCCUGCACCAGGAAGUGAUACAGCUAGCCUGCACAGAUACCACCUUCAAUAACCUGUAUGGACUGAUGGUAGUAGUUUUCACUGUGAUGCUGGACCUGGUGCUCAUCGCACUGUCCUAUGGACUCAUCCUGCACACAGUAGCAGGCCUGGCCUCCCAGGAGGACCAGCACCGUGCCUUUCAGACAUGCACUGCUCAUCUCUGUGCUGUGCUAGUAUUCUUUGUGCCCAUGAUGGGGUUGUCCCUGGUGUACCGUUUUGGGAAGCAUGCCCCACCUGCUUUUCAUCUUCUUAUGGCCAAUGUCUACCUUUUUGUGCCUCCCAUGCUUAACCCAAUCAUAUACAGUAUUAAGACCAAGGAGAUCCGCCAUGUCAUUAUCAAGUUCCUAGGUCUUAAAAAGGCCAGUUCUGAGUCCUGGGGCUAAAAUUGCCCCUGGGUGCCUAUAAGAAGGCCCCAAAUUGGACUG